AUGACCCUCUUCAAAAGGCCAUGUCUUUACUCAAAGAUGAACAAGGAGGACCCCGAAGAGGUGUUUCACCGACGAGCCAAGUUCUUGAUUUACAAAACGCUUCAAGAAGCCGACUUGGUUUCUCGGCGUUCUUCUCCUCCGUCGUCAUUUCUACGGAUGAAGCUUUUAAGGUUGAAGGCCAAGAUCGGAAAGAGUUUUACUAAGCUACGUCGGGGGGUAGUGUUCGCCGUUAGGUUUGGUGGGAUUCGAAAGCAUUCUCAAAACGGCGUGAGAGCCUUGGAGAAGCUGUUCCACGGUGGUGCAACAACCGGACUACCUAGGCCUAUUUUCACUCUCGAAGUUUGA